AUGGUCACGUUAAAGGCUUCCAGCGUUUCCUGGUGCCAAUACCGCCAGGCAGUUACGGUUCUUCAGUCGAUUUUUUUUUUUUUUUUUUUUUUAAAACUUCCCAUCACUGAUCAUCUCUACAUUUCUCCCCACCAUGUUGUUCCAGGUCGAAGUUUAGCCAACCUGAGCCGCCGCCGCGUUUCCUGCAAGGCGCUUGGCCGAGGCGACUGCGAAGGCUGGCUGUGGCGCAAGAGGGAUGCCAAAGGUUACUUUUCUCAUAAAUGGAAGAAGUACUGGUUCGUUCUGAAGGACAACUGCCUGUACUGGUACAUCAACGAAGAGGAUGAGAAAGCCGAGGGCUUCGUCAGUCUCCCCGAGUUCAAAAUCGAUCGCGCCAGUGAAUGCCGAAAGAAGUAUGCGUUCAAAGCUUGCCACCCCAAGGUCAAGAGCUUCUUCUUUGCGUCAGAUGGCGUGGACGACAUGAACAGGUGGCUGAGUCGACUCAACAUGGCUGCCGUGGGCUACGCAGAGAGAGAGAGGAUUCGCCAAGAGCAGGGUGAGCUUUCAUUUAGAAAGCGAUGCGGUUCCCACCAAGGCUCGGAUGUUCAACUGAUGACUGGCAGAGGACUCUGA